AUUCACAUCUCAUACAGUACAUCUACCCUCACCAAAUAUAUACACAUUAUAUAUAUACAAAUAUAUAUAAAUCAAAACUUCUUUGCUUCCAAAUCUUUAUCUUCUUGAUUCAGUCAAUACCCACAUCACACAAUCAAUAAUUUCCUGUUUCUAAUCAAUCUUUUAAAUAAAGUUUGAAUCUUGAAGUCAAGAAACCAAUUCUUGCAUCUGGGUAUCAAGUUUUUGACACAUUUGGCUGUAAAUUAGCUAUCUGUUAGUUUGAUUUGUGUUAUUAAAGAUUGUGUUAUAAUGUCUUGGAAGAACAGAGGUAGUUUGGUCUCAAAACAAUUGACUUUGUUCCUGUGUGCUAGUUGCUUCUUUGCUGGAAUGCUAUUCACCGACAGAAUGUGGACUGAGCCUGAACCUAAAGGCUUAUCAAGACUAACCGGAACCGAUGAUGAACAACUUCAAGUAGUUGCAGAUGAUUGUAACACAAAAUUAAAGGAUGUAAGGAGGGAUUCCAAAGAUAUUAUUCGUGAGGUUUCGAAGACACAUAAUGCCGUCCAAACACUGGAUAAAACUAUUUCAAACUUGGAGAUGGAAUUAGCUGCUGCAAGAGCAAUGCAAGAUUCUAUACUUACGGGCUCCCCUAUAUCAGAUGAUUUGUUGCUUCCCGAGCCGGUCAAGAAAAGAAAAUAUCUUAUGGUUGUAGGCAUUAAUACGGCUUUUAGUAGCCGAAAGAGACGGGACUCCGUACGUGCUACCUGGAUGCCACAAGGUGAUAAGCUGAUAAAGCUGGAAAAAGAAAAGGGUAUUAUUAUGCGAUUUGUUAUAGGUCAUGGUGCUACAGCUGGUGGUAUCCUUGAUAGAGCUAUUGAAGCAGAAGACAGAAAGCAUGGAGACUUCUUGAGACUGGAGCAUAUAGAGGGGUACCUUGAAUUGUCAGCGAAAACAAAAACAUAUUUCACCACUGCCGUUGCUUUAUGGGAUGCAGAUUUUUAUGUCAAGGUUGAUGACGACGUACAUGUAAAUAUAGCCACACUUGGAGCAACAUUAGCCAAGCAUCGGGUGAACCCUCGUGUAUACAUUGGGUGCAUGAAGUCUGGUCCUGUCCUUGCUCACAAAGGAGUGAGAUAUCAUGAACCUGAACACUGGAAGUUUGGUGAAGAAGGAAACAAGUAUUUCCGACACGCCACAGGCCAACUAUAUGCCAUUUCAAAAGAUUUAGCUACUUAUAUCUCGAUAAACCAGAAUGUACUACAUAAGUACGUUAAUGAGGACGUAUCAUUGGGAUCAUGGUUCAUCGGACUGGAUGUGGAGCACAUCGAUGAUAGGAGGCUAUGUUGUGGGACACCGCCAGAUUGCGAAUGGAAGGCUCAAGCAGGGAACAUAUGCGUGGCUUCAUUCGAUUGGAGCUGCAGUGGGAUUUGCAGGUCAGCUGAUCGAAUCAAAGAGGUUCACCGGCGGUGUGGGGAAGGGGAAGAUACUCUAUGGAAUGCGUCUUUUUGAUCAUCAUGCCAUUAAGAUGAAUUUGUAUAAUAUCGGUCAGAGACUCAGAGCAGCAAAUCUAAAGCGUCCACCCAUUUUUUCUAAUUAGCAAAAACAUGUUGUCAUUGACAUAUAAUCUCCACUCAUCAUCGUAGCCAUUCUUCUAACCUCUAGAAAAAUCUGAGCUUGAUGGUAGCAUGUAUCGUUGGUAGGAGCUCCUCAAUUUUAGGCGAAGAGGAAGCACCCAAUGUUUUUUUGUUCUUUUUUACAUUUUAUUUCAGUAGGAAGGUAAAUAUUGUUUUGGUAUAAUAUGACAAUAAGGCUUCAUACAUAUGAUAAGAUGUGGCCAUUUGUUAUUCAGCUCUUUCUACAUACUAUGCUUGUAAUUCAAAUUUUUGAUCCUUGGUUA